AUUUUGCUUCUUCAUAUGAGUGAGGAAGAGGCAUUCAAAAUGCUCAAGUUUCUGAUGUUUGACACGGGGCUACGGAAACAGUAUCGGCCCUACAUGAUUAUUUUACAGAUCCAGAUGUACCAGCUCUCGAGACUGCUCCACGAUUACCACAGAGACCUCUACAAUCACCUGGAGGAGCACGAGAUGGGCCCCAGUCUCUAUGCCACCCCCUGGUUCCUCACCGUGUUCGCCUUCCAGUUCCCUUUGGGAUUUGUGGCCAGGGUCUUUGAUAUGAUCUUUCUUCAGGGAUCAGAGGUCAUAUUUAAAGUGGCUUUAAGUUUGUUGGGAAGCCAUAAGCCCUUGAUUCUGCAGCAUGAAAAUCUGGAAAACAUAGUUGACUUUAUCAAAAACACACUACCCAAUCUGGGCUUGGUCCAAAUGGAAAAGACCAUCAAUCAGGUGUUUGAGGUGGACAUCGCUAAACAGUUACAAGCUUAUGAAGUUAAGUACCAUGUGCUUCAAGAAGAACUUAUAGAUUCCUCUCCUCUUGGUGACAACCAGAGAAUGGAUAAAUUAGAGAAAACCAACAGCAGCUUAUGCAAACAGAACCUUGGCCUCCUUGAACAGUUGCAGCUGGCAAAUGGUAAGAUCCAAAGCCUUGAAACCACCAUCAAGAAGCUCCUGAGCAGUGAAAGCAAGCUGAAGUAGGCCACCCUUGCCCUAGAGCUGGAGCAGACAGCCCUGAGGCAGACAGUGGAGGAGCUGCAGAGGCAGGCCUUCCCAUGA